CGAGGCGGCCUUCCGGGUGUCCGGCACCAUGAGCAUCGAGAUCCCGCCGGGCCUCACCGAGCUGCUGCAGGGCUACACGGUGGAGGUACUGCGGCACCGGCCGUCCGACCUGCUGGGCUUCGCCGCCGAGUACUUCGCCCGCCUGCGGGAUGCCCGCGACCAGGAGGCGGGCGGUGGCCGCAGGGUGGUCAGCUUCGACGGGGAGCCCAUGCAGACCGAGUCCAACGGCGACGAGGAGCCCGACCGCGGCGACGACGAGUCCGACUCCGACUUCGAGCCUCCAGUUGUUAACCGAUACAACAGAAGAGUAUCAGUUUGUGCUGAAGCUUUCAAUCCAGAUGAAGAGGAAGAAGACACAGAGCAAAGGGUAGUUCAUCCAAAAACUGAUGAGCAGCGAUGCAGACUGCAGGAAGCGUGUAAAGAUAUCCUGCUCUUCAAAAAUCUAGAUCAGGAGCAGCUGUCUCAGGUCCUUGAUGCCAUGUUUGAGAGGAAGGUGAAACCUCAGGAACAUGUGAUUGACCAAGGUGAUGAUGGAGAUAACUUCUAUGUCAUUGAGCGAGGAUUGUAUGAUAUUGUUGUAGCAAAAGACAACCAGUCUCGCUGCGUGGGCCGCUACGAUAAUCACGGCAGUUUUGGGGAGCUGGCAUUGAUGUACAACACUCCUAGAGCUGCCACCAUUGUUGCCACAACAGAAGGAGCCCUUUGGGGACUGGAUCGAGUGACGUUCAGAAGAAUUAUACUGAAAAACAAUGCAAAGAAGAGGAAGACAUAUGAAUUAUUUAUUGAGUCUGUGCCCCUUCUUAAAUCCUUGGAGGCAUCAGAGCGAAUGAAGAUAGUGGAUGUUAUAGGAGAGAAGGUGUAUCAAGAUGGGGAGCGUAUAAUUUCUCAGGGUGACAAAGCAGACUGUUUUUACAUUGUAGAAUCUGGAGAAGUAAAAAUCUUGAUUAAAAGCAAGACUAUGACGUGUAAAGAAGCUAAUCAAGAAGUGGAGAUUGCCCGGUGUCACAGAGGGCAGUAUUUUGGAGAGCUUGCACUUGUUACCAACAAACCCAGAGCAGCCUCUGCCUAUGCUGUUGGGGAAGUCAAAUGUUUAGUCAUGGAUGUGCAAGCAUUUGAGAGGUUGCUUGGACCCUGCAUGGACAUUAUGAAGAGGAAUAUAACACAUUACGAGGAGCAACUGGUGGCAAUGUUUGGCUCUAGCAUGGACCUGAUGGAUCCAGGGAAUUAGGCACAGGGUACCUCAAUGCCUUCUUAGUUCAAGACACAGAAAAGCCUCCUAUCAGCAACACAACUCACAAGGACAACGGACACUAUGGAACAGUUACUGCUGCUGUUUUCUUGGGCAUUUUAGAAACCAUAAACAAGUCUCAGCACAGAUGGAUUGCUCACUCCUCCCUGCCUCCACUUUGCUGCUGAUACUUCAUUAUUAGACCUAGAUUAAAGAUGAUUCUAACCCUAUGUUCACUUACUUGGUUCAGAAUGGCGUCUGUCCAACAGUUCAAGUGCCUGAUACGAAACCCAAAGUGUGCAAGAUUUAGAAGCCUCCUUCCUUCUGGGUGUUACUGUUGGGAUAAAUUGUCCUGUCAGAUUCUGUAGUGGGAGGUUGCCUGCUCUGCAGAAGCAGCCUGUGGAAUACAAGCCUUUUAUGGGCUGAUUACCUUCAUCUGAUGCUUUCCUUACACAAUGUCAAGUUUGCUUUUAAUUGUAGCAUCUGGGUUUGAAGUUCAAGUAUCAAUGGAGCCAAUGAGCAAGAUGGCACUGAAGUUUUGGUCCACCUGCUGAAAGCAGCAGGUAAUAAAUAAUAUAGAGAGCUCUUUAAACCAAGUAAACCGAGCUGGGGACAUGGGAGAGUCUGCUUAGCAUCCAGAUGCAGAAAACAUAUUUUAAGUGUUUUUUGAGCAGCAGAGAAAAUUGGUUUACUCUAUGCUGUCCAACAAAGUGCAGUGGUUCAGAUCAAAUGGCCUGAAAGUGUCAUAAUUGUCAUCUCCCUAAAUUCCCUCCUUGUUCCUGACACUGAGUACAUUUUAUGGUGGUGAGAUCACAAUGUAUGACCUUUUCUUGCUUACAGAGAUCCUUUAUAAUGCUACAUUUCCCAGGGCGCAGUUGUUGACUGGGUCAGUUUUAAAGCUUUUUAAGGAGGUGAAUGUUUUGUAAUUUAAAUGAAGACUACUUCUGUACUUGUUUACAGGAGCUUUCCCCUAGUCCUAACAUUUCACAGUAUUUUAACUUCAUUAGACACUUGAAUGCUUCCAAAUGCCACGUUGAUUUGCUAAACUUUUCAAAAGUUGGCAACAUUUGACUUUGUAAAGCAAAUGUCUUUGCUAACUAGCAGUUGGUGUGUUUGAGGAGUCUUUUUGGUUUAGGUGAUAACUAAGCUAAUGAUGUUUAUCUAAAAUACCUGUUAAAUUUGCAGCAUUUAUUAGGUAGAUUCUGUCUCUAUAGCUUUAAGGACCUUAAUUGGCAUAUGGCUGAGAUUUUAUCAGGGUAUUACCUAAAUAAGAAUCUGACCAUAAGAAAGACAUUUUUAUGGUGUACAAACAGAAUAUGUAUAUUAAGACAUUGAAUUUGGAGGUAAUAAAUCUAGUGACCCUUUGAAUUUGCAUUCUUCCACAGCUCAUGCAAAACAUACUGGUGUUUUAUGGGGUUAUAAAAUUUUAAUUGUGAAUACUAGUGUAACAGAACUUGCUCUUUAUAUUCAUGGCCAUGUAAGCAAGAAUGAAAGGAUGCUAAUCUUGAAUUCCUGCUUUUAGUUAUCACAGUGGACAUUUCUCUUAAGGCAUGAGAUGCUUAGCAGCAACUCUUAAGUUGAUUUCUGGACAGUUUUUUCCCCAUAGUGGAUGAGCUCCUCCCAUUUCCUGCAAUAUGAGUAAGAUGGAAAGUUGAUAAAUUUGAAUGGCUGUUGUCCAGUUACUGUAAUUGCAGUCAUAUUUUUAUAUAAUGCAAAUUAUUUGUAAUGGACACCACUGAACUUGGUGUUUCCAUAUUAUUAAAGUCCUGGUUGUGAUGUCUA